UCUAGUGCCUGUUUCGACUCGCACAAUUCUGCAAAUGUUUUCAGUGUGUCAAAUUGGUCCCUGUAGCUGUCUUCGGAUGAUCUAUAAUCGUUUGAGUGAAAAUGACAGAUAGUUUUGAACAAAAUGGAUCUAUAAUGGAGGAAGAUAUAGAAGAAGCAAUCCAUUUUACCAGAGUUUUGAACUCUUUCCGAAGUUACAAGAAGGAUGCUUUGGCUCAUGUACUCACCAUGCAAAAGAAUUUUCUUCAGUUGCCAGAAGCUCAUAGGAAGCUAUUGCCAAAUCACUUGAAUAUUUUAUCAGGAAUCAAAACUUGUGUCGAACAAAACAGUGCGAUUUGUAUGGAAAUUGUAAAAAGUUGUGGAAAUGCGUUUCAGAACAAGUCUUACGAGGAGACUGAAAAUGAUAAAACAACAACAAACCCUCGUCCAAUGGAUUUAGACAAAGUUCGCACAACUUUGAAACAGAUCAUGCGUGACUGGUCAGAACAAGGGCAAGUGGAGCGUGACCAAUGUUAUAAACCAAUCAUAGAUGAGAUUAAUCAAAGGCUUCCUUUGAAUAAAGACUCUGGCUUGAAUCCCACAGUACUUGUCCCUGGUUGUGGUCUCGGUCGUUUGGCAUGGGAACUUGCUCGCAUGGGUUAUAUUUGUGAGGGAAAUGAAUUUAGCUUUUUUAUGUUAUUUACAUCAAAUUUUAUUUUAAACCGAACCCCUCAUUCGAGUGCCGAUAAUUUUCACCAGUUUACAAUUCACCCAUGGGUGACUCAAAAAUGUAAUGUAUCCACUUGGGAUUCUGUGUUAGCUUCUGUGAGGUUUCCAGACGUUAACCCAGCGUUACUUCCGCCAUCUUCACGAUUCUCUAUGGCAGCUGGCGAUUUCUUAGAUUGUUACAAAAAACAAAAUACUUGGAAUUGUGUUGCCACCUGUUAUUUUAUUGAUACUGCACAUAACAUUAUCUCAUAUAUUGAGCGCAUUUUUCAUAUUUUAGUUCCCGGUGGUGUAUGGGUUAAUUUGGGUCCUUUAUUAUAUCACUAUGCAGAUAUGCCACAUGAACCCUCCGUGGAAUUUUCAUACGAGCAAAUUAUUCAAAUAGUAAAAAAUGUUGGGUUUGAAAUUGUUAAAGACCAAAGAAAUUUAGACAGUACCUAUGUCAAUAACCCAACUAGUAUGCUUCAAUAUAGUUAUAAAUGUUGUCUCCUGGUUGCUAUAAAACCAUUGUCAAAUAGUUAAAUAUUAGUUGAGCCAGUGUCGGGGGACAUAUGGGAUACAAUUUACUUCGUAUUAUAAUGCUGUAAUUAAAAAAAACUUAAAUUCACUAGCUUGCUUCAGUCAUUAUUCAAAAUAGGCUUUCCCUAUACUGUUGGGCCAAACCGCGGGCCAGUUUUGGCUGCGUACAAUUUAAUAUAGCCCAGCAACCUAAGUGGGAUAGUUUGAAACUUUGUUUUUACUAUUUAGCGUUCUAGAUACUGCCAAUUUUUAUGUCAUUAUUGCAGUUUAAGCUCGUGUAUAUACGUAACAAUUCUAUUAUAUCGGCAUCUUAAUUAUACAGAUCAGUAUCAACCCUUGCGAGCGUUCCCCUCUCCCAGCCCGCGAAUAUCUUUCCGCUUUUAAUUUUGGCCCCGAUCAUUGAGGUCAAUCAACUUUGGGAACCAUUGGUGUAACAGAUUUUCCAUUCCAUUGGUGUAACAUUUUCCGCCUGGCCAUUCAAUGUCAAAUUCUCAAGGUGAUAAAUUUUGAAUUAAAGUAAUCUGAAUCAAUAUAAAAUCAAGAUUUUACUGUAUCGAACAAAUACAAUUUAAGAUGUAUUUGGUUCGGUUGCCUUUAAUACGUUGAAUUUUUUUCUUGUUUUAAUAG